UGGGAGGGACUAAUCAGACGCGCACAAAAACAGUCUAGGAUGUACACUUUGUUCUCUUUAUGUGACUUCCUACAUUCUCUGUCAGAUAUAUUUCUGUACACCAGUCCUACCGCCUCGAUGCGGGACAGUCUUGGCAAGAAAGACAGUAGGAUUCACAGUUACAGGUGUGGAGAGUCGUUGACGGACAAUCAGCGGUUGUUGUAUUUGUGUGGGCUCUGCUAUGGAUCAGUGGGAGGACAGAGAGGUGAGAGUCCCUCCCUCUAAAAGCAUCAAAACUCAGAGUCCAGAGAAGCAGCACACAUCAGACUGUCCUGGACCUGGAUCUGGACCUGGACCUGGAUAUGGAUCUGAACUUAGGCCUGAACCCAGCUGUGCGUCCAUGAAGAGUGAUCUGUCCAUGGAGCCUCCUCUUGCUUUUAGACAAUCUGCUGACAGAAGGAUCCAGCAGCAGAGACCAUACUCUCCUGAACCCAGCGGUCUGUCCUUCAAGAGUGACCAGUCGAAACAACAUUUCAUUGAAUUUAAAGGACAACCUCCAUCUACUGAUCUGACAGUCGACCAGGAGAGCUCAGAGGUUCCCAGUGGUCAGUCUUCCCAAGAGCAUCAAACACACCUGGACUCCAUAUUUAUGCUGCUGGAGGAGAACAUUGUCACUUUUGUGAAGAACGAGCUGAAGAAGACCCAGAAGUUUCUGAGUCCAGAUUACCCAGAGUACUCAGAUAGUCAGAGGGAGAAUGAGGAGGUGUUGGAUAAUGAGGAGGAACAGCAGAGGAGGAGCAGCAGAGAGGCAUUUCUGAAGAUCACUCUGUACUUCCUGAGGAGAAUGAAGCAGGAGGAGCUGGCUGACUGUCUGCAGAGCAAAACAUUUGCUCCCGUUUGUCAAUGUGAACUCAAGUAUAACCUGAAAAAGAAGUUCCAGUAUGUGUUUGAGGGUAUUGCUAAAGCAGGAAACCCAACCCCACUGAAUCAGAUCUACACAGAGCUCUACAUCACAGAGGGAGGCACUGGAGGGGUCAAUGAUGAACAUGAGGUCAGACAGAUUGAAACAGCAUCUAGGAUACUAGCCAGACCAGAAACAACAAUUAGAGAAGAAGACCUCUUUAAACGAUUGCCUGGAAGAGAGGAACCAAUCAAAACAGUGAUGACAAAGGGAGUGGCUGGCAUUGGGAAAACAGUCUUAACACAGAAGUUUACUCUGGACUGGGCUACAGACAAAGCCAACCAAGACAUACAGUUUACAUUUCCAUUCACUUUCAGAGAGCUAAAUCUGCUGAGAGAGAAAAAGUACAGCUUGGUGGAACUUGUUCAUCACUUCUUUACUGAAACCAAAGAAGCAGGAAUCUGCAGGUUUGAACAGUUCCAGGUUGUGUUCAUCUUUGAUGGUCUGGAUGAGUGUCGACUUCCUCUGGACUUCCAAACGAAUGAGAUCCUAACUGAUGUUACAGAGUCCACCUCAGUGGAUGUGCUGCUGACAAACCUCAUCAGGGGGAAACUGCUUCCCUCUGCUCGCAUCUGGAUAACCACACGACCUGCUGCAGCCAUUCACAUCCCCCCUGAGUGUGUUGACAUGGUGACAGAGGUCAGAGGGUUCACUAAUAUACAGAAGGAGGAGUACUUCAGGAAGAGAUUCAGAGACGAAGAGAAGGCCAGCACAAUCAUCUCCCACAUCAAGACAUCAAAAAGCCUCCACAUCAUGUGCCACAUCCCAGUCUUCUGCUGGAUCACUGCUACAGUUCUGGAGGAUGUGUUGAAAACAAGAGAGGAAGUGCUGCCCAAGACCCUGACUGAGAUGUACAUCCACUUCCUGGUGGUUCAGACCAAACUGAAAAACAUCAAGUAUGAUGGAGGAGCAGAGACAGAUCCACAUUGGAAUCCAGAGAACAGGAAGAUGGUUGAGUCUCUGGGAAAACUGGCUUUUGAGCAGCUGAAGAAAGGCAACCUUAUCUUCUAUGAAUCAGACCUGACAGAGUGUGGUAUUGAUGUAAAAGCAGCCUCAGUGUACUCAGGAGUGUUUACACAGUUCUUUAAAGAGGAGAGAGGACUGUACCAGGAGAAGGUGUUCUGCUUCAUCCACCUGACUGUUCAGGAGUUUCUGGCUGCUCUUCAUGUCCAUCUGACAUUCAUCAACUCUGGAGUCAAUCUAAUGUCAGAAGAACAAUCAACCUUCCAGACAACUGAAACAAGAAAAGAUAAAUCUGCAGAGACUCACUUCUACCAGAGUGCAAUAGACAAGGCCUUAGAGAGUCCAAAUGGACACCUGGACUUGUUCCUCCGCUUCCUCCUGGGCCUUUCACUGCAGACCAAUCAGACUCUCCUACGGGUCUUCCUGCAGAGAAGUAGCAGCACACAGACCAACCAAGAAACAGUUCAGUACAUCAAGAAGAUGAUUGACGAGGAUCUGUUUCAAGAGGAAAGCAUCAAUCUGUUCCACUGUCUGAUUGAACUGAAUGAUCAUUUUCUAUUGGAGGAGAUCCAAAAGUACCUGAGUUCAGGUUUUUUCAGACUGAAUCUCUCUCCUGCUCAGUGGUCAGCUCUGGUCUUCAUCUUACAGUCAUCAGAAGAAGUUCUGGACGUGUUUGACCUGAAGAAAUACUCUGCUUCAGAGGAGACCUUUCUGAGGCUCCUGCCAGUGGUCAAAGCCUCCAACAAAGCUAUACUGAGUGGCUGUAACCUCACAGAUAUAAGCUGUGAAGCUCUGUCUUCAGUUCUCAGCUCCCAGUCCUCUAAUCUGAGAGAGCUGGACCUGAGUAACAACAACCUGAUGCGUUCAGGAGUGAAGCUGAUGUCUGCUGGACUAAAGAGUCCACACUGCACACUGGAAACUCUCAGACUGAGUGGCUGUAAGAUCUCAGAGUGGAGCUGUGGAGCUCUGUCUUCAGUUCUCAGCUCCCAGUUCUCUACUCUGAGAGACCUGGACCUGAGUUACAACAAACUGACGGAUUUAGGAGUGAGGCAGCUGUCGGCUGGACUAGAGAGUUCACACUGUACGCUGAAGACUCUCAGACUGAGUGGGUGUAACCUCUCAAAUAGAAGCUGUGAAGCUUUGUCCUCAGUUCUCAGCUCCCAGUCCUCUAGUCUAAGAGAGCUGGACCUGAGUAACAACAACUUGCAGGAUUCGGGAGCCAAGCUGCUGUCUUCUGGACUAAAGAGUCCACACUGUACACUGGAAACUCUCAGUCUGUCAGGUUGUCUGAUCACAGAAGAAGGCUGUGUUUCUCUGGCCUCAGCUCUGAGCUCCAACCCCUCACAUUUGAGGGAGCUGGACCUGAGCUACAAUCAUCCAGGAGACACAGGAGUGAAGACACUGACUGCUGGACUGGAGAAUCCACGCUGGAGACUGGAUACUCUCAGGGUGGAGCCUGGCGGAGUCCAAUGGCUAAGACCAGGUCUGAGGAAAUAUUCCUGUGAGCUCACCUUCGACACAGACACAGUGAACAGGAAGAUCAAACUGUCUGACGAUGGCAGGAAGGUGACCCGCGUGAGGGAGGAUCAGUCAUAUCUUGAUCAUCCAAGCAGAUUUGACUGGUGGCCUCAGCUGCUGUGUAGAAAUGGUCUGACUGGUCGCUGUUACUGGGAGGUUGAGUGGAGCGGAGAGGUUUCUAUAGCAGUGGCUUACAGAGGAAUCAGCAGGCGAGGAGACAGAGCUAAUUGUGUGUUUGGAUGGAACGAUCAGUCCUGGAGUCUGGUCUGCUCUUAUGAUGAUUACUCUGUCAGUCACAAUAACAAAGAAACAUGCAUCUCCUCUCCCUCCCCCUCCUCUAACUCUGUCUCUAACAGAGUAGCAGUGUAUGUGGACUGUACUGCGGGCACUCUGAUCUUCUACAGUGUCUCCUCUGACACACUGUUUCACCAACACACCAUCAACACCACAUUCACUGAACCUCUUUAUCCUGGCUUUAGGCUCUGGUCUGACUCCUCAGUGUCUCUGUGUUCCCUGUCGGAAGAAGAGUCUCCUCCUGUCAGAGAAACUCUCUCACUGCAGACCAGAUAGACUGUACAGGAUCACACACAGCUCGUGUUAAUUACUAUCAAACAGGUAGUGGAAACUCGCUUUAGCUGUUGCUGUUGUGAGUCAGUUAGUAAAGUGUAACUGAUUCCCUAAAUUCUGCUCCCUCCCUGCAAAUUUUAGAAAUGCAGCAGAUAUAUAUAUAUAUAUAAUUAUAUUGUUAUUGUAUUACUAUUCUUAUCAAUAUAUUAAUAUUAUAUUAUAUUAUUAUUGUUAUUAUUAUAAUGAUAUCACUAUCAUCAUCAUUAUUAUUAUUAUUAUUGUAAACAUAGGAUCUGCUGUCUCUACCCUUUUUGAAUAUCAGAUAUAUAUCGUAUAGAAGUCCGGCAUCUUUUCUUUCACAAAUCUUCUGUCGGAAGCUCGUCUGCUGAUAACAUUAAGUAGAAUUUGUAUUUGGGUAGUAAAACCUGUAUCAUAGCUACAUGUGUGACGUUCGGUCCAAAAUUCAGCGAAUAUUUGCGAAGAUUGAGGACUUCCUCUUUCCUUCGUAGGUUGAUGCACCACUGCCUCUGCUAGCCCUGUUACAAGAUGGCCGCCCUGUAGGCACGCCGCUCCACAGUCUAUGUGGUCUAUGCGGCGUCUAUGUAUAUAUGUCUGUGGUAGCAGCAGCAAAGCCAUUCUCAGGAUGAGAGCUGAUUGGUUCGUCAUGUUUACCUGGCUGCAGGUUAUCGGUCCUGCAAGACUUAAAUUCACAACCCCACAGCUUGUUUGUUACUACUCAGCACAACUGACAGAAUGCUCCAAAGUUAAUUUAAUAAAGUUUACAAAUCCAUGUCACAUCUGCUACAUAAGAAGAACACUCACAUAUCUCUAAGUCAGUAUCUCACGUGCACAUGCAGACACCUGUUGGUACCUGUCCACCUACAUAACUAUGAUAGGGAGAGUGUCAGACGUUAUAGGGACACAAGAACAGUUGAGAUGAGAGGACUGGUGGAGAAGAAAAAGAAACCUGAAUUAACCUCUGCAGUAACAUAGCUAAAAUAACUGUAUAAUAGAUGACUAAAAGGUAUGCCUAAUUCUUGGAAAGAGAGGAAAUAAUAAAUGAGAGCAUAGUUAUAUCUGAAUUUCAGCAGCAACAGCUAAAAAGGGCACAUUGCAAAAGCUUGCCUUAGAUUUAACAUAAAACUGGUUUGAAGGUUUGUGAUCUGGCCUACAAAACAGUUUGUGAACAGCCUCAGCAAACCUUUUGACAUGAUGAUAAAGCAUUUGCUUGUGUUGUUUUUAGUCACCUGCAGGAUAACUUCAGUCUUUUUAAAAGGAGCAUAACGUGGUAUUUCCAUGGCUCUCUGAAUAGAUGCUAUACAAAUGCAGCCAUUAAAAACCCAAACAUUUUCCAUUCAGUGUAAAUGAUUUUACUUAUGAAAAUGCUACUAAAACAUUCAUUUGGUGAGCAUAAAACACAAAAAAACUGUUGUACAGUCCAUGUUUUUUUUAUCAAACACAAAGAUGUAACAACAUGUAUAUGUACAACCAUGUACAGUGUUGAGUACAAUUUAACAACAAUAUCAAAACACUUCAUAUGGCCGGGUAAUUUGCAAACAUGGCAUACUCAAAGCUGCAACAGAGUUCAUUUAAACAUAUUUGAUCACUGUAACUAAUAAUAUGACUAUAAAUACAAAAUAACUUACCACAUUAGUCAGUUUUGUUAGGUGAAUAUAUGUUGUACAUGUCGCCUAUUAUUACAGGUACUUUAAAAGAGUCCUCAUAAUACAAUUUGCUUUUAAUUACAGGUCCCCUAAGCGGCCGGUGUUAGUUGCCGGCCAUAUAAAAUAUUCUUUCACAAAAAAGUGCUUAUCAGUAAAGCUGGCUACAAAAUAAAAAAUGGCUUCAAGUUGAAAGCCUCUCAUGAUGAAUAUCUCUCACAUAUGGUUUAAAAACAAUAAAUAUCAGUGCCUAAUAAUUACAUUAAGGUUAGUUAGGUUUAGUUUAAGCUGAAAUGACCUUUAAAUGGUUCAAAAUACAAUAUCAGGAUACAAUGUUAUUUAAACUUUGCCUGACAUAUCAGAAGAUCAGCCACAAUGUAAUGUUAAUAAAAAGUUAAGAACAAUAAAAAGAUAUAUGAAAAACAUUAACAGAUGCAAAUAUUUAAAUAUUUAAGUGCCAAACAAUGCUGUAGUACAGAGAAUACCCAUGUUAUGAUUCAGACUAUAAAAUAAAAUAAUAAAACAAGACCUUGUGUCUGUUUACAACAUUAAAAAAUGCAGUUGGUAAACAUUUGUUGUGAAAAUAUAGCAAUUUUAAGAUUCAUGUAUAACACCAACAAUUUUACCCUGUAAAACACAGACAUCAAGAUUACCCUGUGAAAGAGAUUUGUUUUCUUUCCUAUCUUUGAACUCAUCUAAAUCAGAGAAUACACACCAACUAAAUGACCCAAAGACUAUAGAAUGAUAUAAUCUGUUGCCUGUAGCUUCUGUCAGUCUUCAUGUCAGUCAGGAGAGGCUGAACACAGGCCCGCUGUCCUUUUGCUCCAACAGCACAGAGGUCUCAAACAGCCCAGUUUGAACAAACCUCAGUGACAUCAAUGUUUUUCGGUCUGUCAGUAAUGUUGACCUUUCCCAGUUGUCCAAUGUAGUGCAGCUGUUCUGAGAGUUGAUUGUUUGGUAUCUUCUCUUGUUGUUUAUAUGUCUACAUCGCACUUGUCAUGUUAUUUCUCCAGUGUCUGGCCUCAUACAUUGGCACUGGGAAGGUUUAUAUCUGGCUGUAUAUUCCUGUGGGAAAGAAACGAUUUAUUAAUGAGAUAUUGGAAUAUAAACAUAUCAUUGCAUUAAAAAAAAAAUCCCAGUACAAAGUGGCAUCGUUGCCACAGAGAGAGACUGUCUUGCAAACAUAUGUUCAUGGUGAUAUUCUGAUCAUAAUUAAAUGUAGUCUUUAAAUUCAACAUUAAAGUCUUCAAUAGCU